AUGUUGUCCGUUGGUCUCAGUGAGGAUGGAGUUGCACAAUAUCUCGACAAUUUGUCAACAGGAGAAGCCGGGGUCGGCUGUGUCAACAGUUCCAACAGCGUGACUAUUUCAGGUGAUAUGAGUGCCAUUGAUGAGAUUGAUAAGCGCAUCGCCCAGGCUGACGAUGGAACCUUCCAUCGCAAAGUGGUUGUUGAGACAGCGUAUCAUUCGCACCACAUGAGUGCCGUGGCCGACCACUAUCGGUUCCGCCCUUGA